AUGCAUCAGUUCCUCGUGUCCAAGUAUCUCUCGACCAUUCAUGGCCUGUAUCCCGUCCUCGACCCGGCGAUGCCGUUCUUGACAGAGUGUCCUACGUCUCUCACCGACAUGCCCACCUCCGAGUUAUUCAUGCUGCACAUGGUGUAUUCCAUUGCAUGCCACUGUCUGCCCGGUAACGAUCGUCAGCUUGUGCUUCUGUCCGAUACUUUCUACCGAGAAGCGCUGGUCCACGCGGAAAAGAUCACCGCUGAACUGAACGUGGAGGCGCUCCAAGCCGUGUUGCUGCUGGCUUUGCGCAGCCUGUUUGAUGCCCAGAACGGAAGCCUGGGUCAACAGGUCGCCUUUGCCUACCGCUUGGAAGUCGAGCUGGGCGCUCGAGAGGUGGAAGAGAGCACGCCGGCAUUGCAGCAACUGCGGGAGUCGAUCUUUUGUAUCGGCAAUCAAGUCGCUACUGCCCUAGACCGGCCUUCCGGACUAACUGAAUCGGAAGUUCUCACAUCCCCUGACGACUUGGAUCAAAGCCAGCUUCUGUACUACCUGUAUAGAAUGCAGUCGAGGUUUCGCGGCGGGACUUCCUUUGACGGCCUUGACUUGCAAGAGGUCGAACAGAAGAUCACCACAGACGUGUCACCAAUGCUCAUCGCAGCCUUGAACGAAACACGCUUCCUCCUUGAGCCCAGUGUCGACUCGGCUAUGCAGCUGUUAAGCACGCAUGCCUCUGACGAUAUUGUGCUGAAUGUCUUCACCUCACAUUGGGCUUACAAGGCUGCGACCUUCUUUUUGGAAGGUGAUCUAAACGAAACCAGUCUCCAGGGCAGAGUGCUUGCUCAGAAGGUCCUUGAGCGAUGUGCUCUGAAGUGGCCUAAUGCUCAGACUUUGCUGGAAUCGUUGAACAUAUACGCGCCGGGCUGA